AUGUUGGUCCGUCAACGGAUCGCUGCUGCGCCAGCAGCUUUCGCGCGAGGAGCUACAAAAUCUUUUUCCUCUGCGUCAUCAUCUUCAUCAUCGUCAGCGCGCCUUUUCGAGACUCGACCAUCCCCAUCACAGCUUCUAUCGAAGCAGCGCUCGACAUUCGCUCGUCGCGCGUACGCAACUGAAGCUCCCGUCCCGGCACCAGCAGCACCCAAAAAGAAGCGAUUCCGAUUCCUGAGAUGGACGUAUCGUCUUACCGUGUUGGGGCUGUUGGGUGGUACGGGAUACUUGGGAUAUAGCAUCUAUCUUUUGCGUCAUCCUGCAGAGCAGAUUGAGCCUGAUCCAUCCAAGAAGACCUUGGUCAUUCUCGGCAGCGGCUGGGGCUCGGUCAGUCUCCUCAAGAAACUCGACACUGAAAAUUACAAUGUCGUCGUCAUCUCGCCUCGCAACUUCUUCCUCUUUACGCCCUUGCUCCCGUCCUGCACAACCGGUCUGAUUGAACAUCGCUCGAUUAUGGAACCUAUUCGCAACAUCCUCCGCCACAAGAAGGCGACCGUCAAAUACUACGAAGCUGAAGCCACCAAGAUCGACUACGAGAAGCGCCUGGUUUAUAUCAGCGAUGACUCGGAGAUUAAAGGUGAUGUGUCGCAUACUGUUGUUCCGUUUGACAUGUUGGUUGUCGGUGUCGGGGCUGAGAAUGCUACUUUUGGAAUCCCCGGCGUCCGCGAACACUCCUGCUUCUUGAAGGAAGUCGGCGACGCGCAGAAAAUCCGCAAGCGUAUCAUGGACUGCGUCGAAACUGCCUCCUUCAAGGACCAGACCGAGGAAGAAGUCAAGCGUCUUUUGCACAUGGUUGUCGUCGGUGGUGGUCCCACCGGUGUCGAAUUCGCCGGUGAACUACAAGAUUUCUUUGAAGAGGAUUUGCGCAAGUGGAUUCCUGGUAUUCAGGACAAUUUCCAUGUCACGCUUGUCGAAGCUUUGCCUAACAUUCUGCCCAUGUUCUCCAAACAACUCAUUGAAUACACCGAAUCCAGCUUCAAGGAAGAGAAAAUCACCAUUCGCACGAAAACAAUGGUCAAGAACGUUACCGACAAGUACAUCGAAGCCGAAGUCACCAAACCGGACGGAACCAAAGAACUCGAAAAGAUUCCCUAUGGUCUGCUCGUCUGGGCUACCGGUAAUGCUGUCCGUGACGUCGUCAAGGACCUCAUGAGCCAGAUUCCCGCACAAAAGAACUCUCGCCGCGGUCUCGCCGUCAACGAGUUCUUGGUCGUCAACGGUACUGAAAAUAUCUGGGCCGUCGGUGACUGUGCCAUCACCAACUACGCCCCCACCGCCCAGGUCGCCAGCCAAGAAGGCGCUUUCCUCGCCCGCCUAUUCAACACAAUGGCCAAAACCGAAGCCCUCGAAGACGAACUCAAGAAACUGUCUGUCGCGCAGCAAGAAGCCAAGAACGACGAAGCGCGCAACGAAAUCUUUGCCGAGAUCAAGGAACGUCAGCGCCAGCUCCGUCGCACAAAACAGAUUGGUCCCUUCCAGUACUCGCACCAGGGAAGUCUGGCGUACAUCGGCAAGGAGCGCGCUGUUGCCGAUAUCAGCUGGGUGAGUGGAAACAUUGCCAGUGGCGGUACAAUGACAUAUCUCUUCUGGCGAAGUGCGUAUUUGAGUAUGGUUUUUAGCGCUCGAAACCGUAUCCUCGUCGCCACAGACUGGAUCAAAGCCAAGAUCUUUGGCCGCGACGUUUCGCGCGAGUAA